UGGCGUACCUUUCCUGACAGACUCAGAGACCCGGGGAGAGGAGGCUAUCACCUUGUAGUGGUUCGCUGCUCUGCGUUGGCACCCCCGGGCCGUUCUUGCUUACAGAGGGCGCCCACCGCGAGGCACGCUUGUUGUUCUUGGGAGGGGGACCACCAUGGUGCGAGAGGAUGAUUUCGCGUGGCAAGUUAUCGUCGUGCAGACUCGAAGAGACCACACGGGCAUCACCAAACAACAGGAGCUACCGCUUCAGAUCACCAUCACCUACGGAGACGAGAAGGUCUCUACCCCUCUCGUGCGAGCGAGACAGCCGCUUUGGAACUUCUGGACCCAGCUGCCAGACAAGGGGGGGUCGGAGGGUAUGGUGUUUUCUCUUGUCGGCCGGGACAGCUCGACUGGGAAAAUUUCGGUGGAAGGAGAGGUGAGGCUCGAUCUUUCCAAGUUUCGGCGGAGUGGCCAGAGCUUCGAGCUGUGGGAGGCGCUGUACCCGACCAAGGCGCGGGGGGUCUUCCCGAUGGUCGUUAAAUCCGCCCGCCCGGCUGAUUCCACUGCGGAGGUCCACCUCACCAUCACCUACUGCCCGAAUACCCAAAAGAAGGAUAUACCCGAAGGCGAAGACACGGAUUGCCUGAUGUGCGCAACGUUUGCAACGUUCGGAUUAUCUCGAGGGUCAUGCUCGAUAUCGUAAGGGGCGCCGCGGUCUGGAUCACCAAGGGGGGGGGGUGCCGUCCCCUGCCGGAUCGCUUGACCGGCGCACGCUUACGGCUGCUGAUGUCCGGCCAGGCGUGCGCCAAGCGCGAAAAGGGCGGGCGGGAUGUGUAUGUAUCGCGAAAGGCGCGCCUAAGAACAGGGGCUCGGCGCUUGUCGCCCCCUCCUUUGUAAGGCCGGUGUGCCCACCAAGCUCUCGUCGCCUCUUGUCCCGCCCCGGCCCGAUUCGCGUUUUUCAUCUUGGUCCGGGCACGAGGGCGCGCAUGCGGUGUUUUUUGUUUAUCUGGCUUUGUGCUAACGCUUCGUCUGUGGUGUGUGCCGCUUAUCCAACCCCAUCUGGUUGGAGGUGGCAAUCUGGUGGAACCCCUAGAGGGUUAUAUAUAUAUAAAGACGGCAAAGAAUAGUGGGAAAGAGGGGCGUGGGCUUCGCUUCGCUGCGGCAUGUAUGUCCAAUUGCCUUUGCGUCUGGUUUUCUUUCCUUCAGGCACACCUCCCUAGUCCUGCUUGAGGGCGGUGGAUGGGCAUGCUUAGCCCAUGCUUGUAUUUUGAAAGUUGUUUCACUAGGAGCGUGGAGGAGCAUGUUUAGUAUCUGGAGGGGUUCGGGGGUCACCGUGUUUCAUUUCGGCGGGGUACGAGAGGGGGGGNGGGGGGGGGGGGGGGGGGGGGGGGGGGGGGGGGGGGGGGGCGCGAAAUCCACACUAUUACGUGAAAUUAAGUAGAGCCAUCGAUCGACAACAGGAGAGAUGGUUGGUGGGCUUCAGUGACAUUGGCAAGCCUUUAGAGGCAUAUUGCGGUAGCUCGCUGUCUGGAUGACGCCUAUCCUAGCCCUUUGCGUAGGAGGUGCAGACAGGAGAUAUUUCCCAAGGAGGAGCACGGUAUUUUGUUGUCUACGCUGGUUGCUGGCAGAUACUCGCAGGGAAGCCCGGCUAUAGCGUACCGACUGCUUGUAAAUUUGUGCUUUUGUGGAAGUUUUUUGUUUUUGGUGAGUAGUGGAGCGCGGCGUGAUCGUUUGGUAAGAGUGCAAUGGGACCGACCGCCUAUUAGUGCCCUGAGGGGGAAUAGAUGGCGCUGCUCUUAAUCCGCAGGUCUGGUGUGUUUUCCGUGUGCGUGUUUCCUUACUAUUUUUUGUCUCUUUUCUUUCGUUUGUUUCUGGUCGUUCCUUAAUAGUUGUACUGCGUGCUUUGGUUGCGGACACACGACGCGGUGUACCGGUUGCUGUAUCAAUAGUGGUCCCUCCCACUGCGGUGUGGCGGUUUGCUUUUGCGCACGAGCAUAAAGGGUCCCACAGUGAGUCCUGCUGCGUAUGGGGCUCUGGUGGUAUCUUGUGUAGGGGGGCGGUGAGACUUGGCUUUUGUGUGUGGAGGAAGGUGAGCCUUCACUUAGAGGGUUUGUCGGUGCCGCCGCCUCAUUUGCUAGCCGAUGACAGACUUUUGUGUGCCGGGGUGCGAAGUAUGUGGAUAAUGCGCGUUCUCGCUACAUACCGCCCAUCGAUGACAUACUUUUGUGUGCCGGGUGCGGAGUUACUUGUAGUUGUGGGAAAAUACGUAUUACUUUUCUGGUCGACGACAGGCGUUUGUGCGUGGGUGGGGAGUUGUUUGUGGACCAAGGCGUUUUUCAUUUCCUCUCGGCCCCCGGCGCACCGAGCCAUGUCGGCCAGCCUGCGCCGUGUAUUUAUCCUUUGCUCUGCCGCGAGAUGGCUCCCCUUUCGAGAAUGGUGUGUACUUGCAAACGAAACAUGAGAGAUAGGUGGAGGUUCAGAGAGCACCGUGUUGGCCUUUGGUACGCGGUGAAAAUGCGUAACUUUGUAGCUUCCAACACCACGGCGGGCUCUACAGGAAGAACGGCGCUCUUGAUGGCGACACGAAACUCCUCUUUGCAGCCUUGAGACACGGCGGAAGGAUGCGAUGUUGUUGCGGUUUUUAACGUUUGAGUGGCGUUUGUUGUGCAGGCGUUGGCACGACAACGAAGUACAUCUGUUGUUCUGCGCCUUGAAGCACCACAUGCGUGUGGAUGCAACGGUUUAGUGUGCGCCCCAGAGGGUAAAGAGAUCGCGCGUUAAAAUGAACUCUGGUGCACAUCCCAUCCAUUUUUUGCCGAAAGGCUGAGACAUGCGGCAACUCGUUCGUUCGUGUGCC